GCGCCGCGCGCCCGCUCCGCCAUCGCCGCGGGGUCCCGGCCCCGGGCCGAGCCGGGCCGGCAACACCGAGCGGCAUCGGCCGCCACCAGCCGGGCCGGCAGCUCCGGGCCUUCAACGGCCCCGUCUCGCCGGCCCGGCGUAUGGAGAAACCCGGCAGGAUGGAUUGUCCCGCUCUGCCUCCGGGUUGGAAAAAGGAAGAGGUGAUCCGUAAAUCGGGCCUGAGCGCCGGUAAAAGCGAUGUUUAUUACUUCAGCCCCAGUGGGAAGAAGUUCCGGAGCAAGCCGCAGCUGGCGCGGUACCUCGGCAAUUCCGUGGAUUUGAGCUCCUUUGAUUUCCGUACGGGGAAGAUGAUGCCCAGCAAGCUGCAGAAGAACAAACAACGCCUGAGGAACGACGCCCUCAACCCCAACAAGGGAAAGCCGGAUCUGAACACGGCGCUGCCGAUCCGGCAGACGGCGUCCAUCUUCAAACAGCCGGUGACGAAGGUGACGAAUCACCCCGGGAAUAAAGUGAGGAGCGACCCCCAGCGCCUGACGGAACAGCCACGACAGCUUUUUUGGGAGAAGAGGCUGCAAGGGUUGAGCGCUUCCGAUGUGAGCGAGCAAAUCAUCAAAUCCAUGGAGCUUCCCAAGGGAUUGCAAGGUGUGGGUCCCGGGGCGAGCCGGGAAUCGUUGCUUUCGGCCGUUGCCAGCGCUCUCCACAGCGGCUCCGCUCCCAUCACGGGGCAGAAUUCCCUGGCGGUGGAGAAGAAUCCCGGGAUUUGGUUGAACACGGCGCAGCCGCUCUGCCGCGCCUUCGUGGUCACCGACGACGACAUCCGGAAACAGGAGGAGAGGGUGCAGCAGGUGAGGAAGAAGCUGGAGGAGGCGCUGAUGGCCGACGUCGUUUCCCGCACUCAGGAUUCCAGGAAAAACUCGGAAUCGGAGCUGGAAAACGGCCGGGAAUCCUGAGAGAGGUACUUGGAUCCCCAAAGGAGAAAAUUCCAAGAAAAUUCCAAACUUUCGAGGCACUUUUUGAAUUUUUCCCCCUUCGGAUUCGCGCACAUUUUUCCGAAGGUUUUUUUUUUUUUUUUUUUGGGAAUUCCAAAAAUAUUUUUUUUGUUUAUUUU